UCCCCACCUCGCUGAUCCCCAUCGAUCUCCCUUCUUCCUCGCUGAUCCCCAUCGAUCCCCACCUCCCUUGCUGAUCCCCACCACCCAUAAUGCUUCCUCUCCCUCUCUCAUCGAUCUUCUACGCUUCAUGUCAGUAGCCGUCCAACAGAUCUGGGCCGAGAGGUGCGGCGUAGGCGGCGGUCUUCAUGGCUGGAGGAGUUGAGGGAGAGGUGAGGAGGAAGGUUCCGGCUCUGUUGAAGGAGGCAAAGGCGGCAAUACAGCAAAUUGAGUUGUUGCUAGGCGAGACACCCAAGUUGGACAGAGGAGAUGCUCAAUGAUUCGGCAAGCGACAGCGGGAAUUCGAAGGCACAGAGGGGGAAGAAGAGGAGGAGGUCCCUGGCGAGGGCUAUGUUGGAGACUGGCUGGAUGCCCUCGGAUGCCUAUGUCGGCGUCCGUGUAGAAGAUGCCUCACCCAUGCCGCUCAAUUUUAUUCAGCGUGGCGUGCAUGUCCUUGGUGGCUGCCCAAGUACAGGAACAGGAUGCAUGUACGGGAACAAGCUCAGCUGUUGCCCAAGUAAUAGCGUGCAUGUCCUUAGUACAGGGAGCUUUCCCAUAUUGGCCGGAAAAGAGGUGUCAACCGAGGAUGCUGAGACCCAGGACGACAAAGAGGUGCUGCCCGAGGACGCCGAGACCGACGGCGCCGGAGAGUUGCUACUCGAGGAUGCUAAGAUUGAUGGCGUCGGAGAGUUGCUGCCCGAGGGCUCCGAGACCGACGACGGAGACGUGUUGCCUGAGGACGCCGAGACCCACGACGACGUAGAGGUGUUGCUCGAGGACGCCAAGACCGGCGAUGUCGUAGACGUGGUGCCCGAGGAUGCCCAGAGUGACGACGGCGUAGAAGUGUUGCCCGAGGACGCCAAGACCGACGAUAGUGAAGAGGUGCCGCUUGAGGAUGCCGAGGCCGAUGUAUUAUUUGUGCCUGACUCCAUGCCCGCUCAAGGAGGUGACUCGCUCGGCGAAUGAACGAUGGAGGAACCAGUACAUGCAUGCAUGAAGCAGUACAAGCAUGCAUGAUCCAGUAUACAUGACCACUAGAAGCAUGCAUGAACCAGUAUCCAUGAACCAGCACACAUGUAUGCAUGAACCAGUACAAGCAUGCAUGAUCCAGAAUCCAUGAAGCAGUACGCAUGUAUGCGAUCAGUGCAAGCAUGCAUGAUCCACAAUGCAUAGCACACAUGUAUGCAUGAACCAGUACAAGCAUGCAUACCAGCUGGAGCUGGAUGUUCCUCGUCGUUUCCUUCAACAUUUUCAGCAUCAACUCCGGUGUCGACUGCAUCAAGUUCAACAUUCAAGUCAAUGCCAAGCAUGCCAUGCCGUCGUCGUCGCCGCCGCCACCGUCAGAUUCCAUGUUCAAGUUAAUACCAAUAUCGACAUGAACGGAAGGUUGGCCGAGGCCGGCAUCACCGAGUGGAGGUUGGCCGAGGCCGGCGUCAUCGAGUGGAGGUUGGCCGAGGCCGGCGUCACCGAGUGGAAGUUGGCUAGCCUGCCACCUAAUGGUUGGUGAUCUUCCAAUGAGUCCCAACCUCGUUCGUCCGCGUCCGCGUGAUACGUCUCCAACGUAUCUAUAAUUUUU